CCAAAUGUUGAACGACGGUGGUUCUGCUGUAGACGCAGCCAUAGCCACACUCCUCUGUGAAGGUGUUUUGCUGCCACACAGUAUGGGGAUUGGCGGAGGUUUCUUUGCCACUAUAUACACAAGAUCAACGCGAAAAGUUGAGACCGUGGUAGCACGAGAAAUGGCACCUUCUGAAGCUCACAAGGACAUGUUUGUUGGCCAACCAAGUGUUACAGGUGCUCGAGCUGGAGCUGUACCAGGAGAACUGCUUGGUUAUUGGGAAAUGCAUACCAAAUACGGGCGUCUACCUUGGAAAGCGCUAUUUCAGCCUACCAUAAAAUUGUGCAAAGAAGGCCAUUGGGUCUCUCCAUACCUCGCUGCGGCCAUUAAAUCAAAAGAAGAUAUAAUUCGUAACGAACCGUCGUUGGCAGAAGUCUUUCUCAAAGGAGAUGGCACGCCUUACAUUGAAGGAGACUACAUGAAGCGGUCUCAAUUGGGUAUUACUCUGGAAAAAAUUGCCGAAAAUGGUGUGGAAGAGUUUUACGGUGGCGGAGAAACAGGCAAAAUGUUUGUAGAAGAUAUUAGAAACAUGGGUGGAAUUAUUACGGAAGAAGACUUGAGAAAUUUCGAAGUUCGUUGGGAGGAUUCUGACCACAUUAUAGCGAAUGUAACUGAUGGAUAUACCCUCUACACAACUCCUUUACCAUCUAGUGGUGCCGUCCUUGCAUUUAUGUUUAACGUGUUGACGGAUCUCCACACCGAAAACAGGGAAAUAUACUGGCAACGGGUAAUUGAAACAUUCAAACACGCCUAUGGUCAACGAACCAACCUAGGUGAUAUGGAAAAUGAGCCUGAUCUUAAACAGACUAUUGAGGAGACUUUCAAAAACAUGACUAGCCAAGAAUUUGCUGAUCAUAUACGUACAUUAAUUUACGAUAAUAAAACCUUUGAUGAUUAUGAAUACUAUGGAGCUAACUUCACCUCUGUGGAAGAUCAUGGCACCGCAAACAUGGCAGUGUUAGCAGCGAAUGGAGACGCUGUGACUGUUACCAGUACCAUCAACAAUUA